AUGGACGAUGGUCGGAUGGAUACUGACAGUGGCAGCGCAGGUCACGACGAUACUCACCUCGACGAUACCGAUUUGGAGAUCCUCGACCUCGCUGGUCAUGGCGAGACAUAUGACGACCAUGAUAUGGAUCUGGAUGAUUUAAGUUCGGAUCCUGGCAACGACUUUGACUCCGAAACCGACGACGAGCCUUACAGUGACAGUAUAGCUUUCGUCCCCACGUCACCGAUUACAAGUAUGGGCGGGGGCAUCAAAUGGCACGAAGGCGAUCCGUUGCUGAGAAAGAUCGGCCUCGAAAGACUGAAUGACAAGGGAUACGUGAACCUCGACACAAUCUGUACAGAUCGUACCUUUGGCUACUCUGGUGAUAGAGCCCUGCACGCAGCCAGAUGGCGAGCAAAGCAUGAAGUGCAAAUAGGCUUGUGCGCUCAAGUCAAUGAACCACCCAAAGUGAAGAGCAAGACCAAAACAAAGUAUGGAAAGCUGGACGAUUUUCAUCGGAUCCACCCCAUCUUUCCCACUCUGCUUUUGGAGGUUGAGAACGUGGUGGGUUACUUAUAUGGCAUGCUCGACAUCGACAACCACAAAGAAAUCACCCUAGCGGAUGUGAAUGAAAGGCUGAAACGGGAAGCAUACUGGUUCGAAAAAUGCCACAAUCUCAGUGAAACAGAAGGACAGACGGUCUUGAAAGACCUCUAUGAACUGUCGAAGAAUCUCUGGUGGACCGAAAAGGACAUGACUGGCGAAAAGGAGAGCCUCCAUGCCUACACGAGGGGGAACAAGNGCUCCAUUGAGAUAGUUCUCGACAAGCGUCACAUCGACUAUGUGUGUAGAGAAUUUUCGCCCAUCGAGGAUGCCGUCGAUUGGACACCUGGUUCAGAUAAAGCGUCUGCUCAGCUGAGGGUGAAGUUUAAUCUCGCCGCCACAAUGGUCCACGAAGUCAUGCACGCGCUAUGGCGCAACAAGUACUACCCAAAGCAUGAGCCUNUUUAUAUGGACAUAAGAGCUGCAGAACUGGGGUUUCGAUGGGAACAACUUCUAUACUCUGGUCAAAUCGACAAUCCCACCGGAGACAGAGGCAGCGCUUNNAUAUCUUAUCAAUCAACAAAUGGCCCUUUCCAGGCGGGUUUCGCCGUCGAGAUGAGCUUCGUUCAAGGCAUGUUCACGCACGAGUUCUGGGCCGAGGUCGAUCGCUAUGGCAUUUCCAACUUUUGGCCUCGAAGAAUGUUGGGGGUACGCAGUACUAUGGUCUCAGAAUAUUGGGAAGCUGAGAGCCCUACAGUCAGGGGUCCUACCGACGGUGCACUCUCGAGUCCGGGUGGUGCAGAUGCUAGGGGCAUCAUUGAUAGGCAUUGA